AUGAGACUCCCGCUCACCUUCUUUGAUUUCCUAUGGCUACAUUCCCAUCUAGUCCAAACCCUCUUUUUUUACAAAUUCCCUCAUUCUAAGACCCACUUCAUAGAGAACACCAUCCCUUCCCUUAAACACUCACUCUCCCUUGCUCUCAAGCACUUUUAUCCCUUUGUAGGAAAUUUGCUAUUUCCUCCAAAUCUUGGAGAACCUGAAAUUCGUUAUGUGGAUGUGUCGGUACAACAAGGCACCCUAGUAGCACCUGCUUUUUCUGUUCAAGUAACACUUUUUCCCUACUCCGGAAUUUCUUAUGGGUUCACCACGAACCAUGUUGUGGCAGAUGGUAAUACUUCUAUUCGAUUCAUAAAGUUGUGGGCUACCAUUAAUAAAUUGCAGAGAGAGCCCAUGAUGUUAGAGGGUGAAAUCCUUCCAUUCUGUGAUAGGACCAUGGUAAAAGACCCCAACAAGCCAGUAACAUGUGCUUACACUUGGGCUGGCAUUGUUAAAGCUCGAGCUUGGAGUGGUGAGGAGGUGAGUGAGAAUGAGUUAGAGCACUUUGGUUUUGUGGCCGAUUGUCGAGCCCGUUUGGACCCGCCAUUGCCUGAAAACUAUUUCGGAAACUGUUUAGUGCCAUGUCUUCUAAGCAAAGAGUAUUCAACAAUAGACGAAGAUGGUUUUAUAAUUGCAUCCAAGCUUAUAGGAGAAGCAAUUCGAGAAAAGCUUGGAAGCAAGGAGGGAGUUUUGAAAGGUUUAGAGAAAUUGUCCUCGAAUUUUGAACCUCCAAACUUAGAGCGCUUGGUUGGAGUUGCUGGUUCACCAAGGUUUGCAGUUUAUGACAUAGAUUUUGGAUUGGGGAAAUUAAAAAGAGAGAAUUCAUAG